AAAAGUAGCUGCAAGUGAGAAAAAGGCUACAUAACUUUUCAAGCAGAUCCAGCAGAAAAAAAAUGUGAACUUUGGUCUAGAAACUGGCAAGCAAUCUCAUUCUGUUAGGGAUGAGAGGGACGUAAAAUCCGAGGUGGAGGUCCAGGUUGCGUCCUCCUGCUCCGCUAAUUACUUCAGCUCCUUUUUUCUCUGUAACCGAAGAUCUGAUGGGUCGGCACCCACACAGCGGAGGCCCCGUCUUCCGAUUCAUGCACACUGAGGUAGUUGAAAUGGAAUCAUGCUUGCAAAUACUAAGAAAUGCUAUACCAGCUCGUGAGAUGAUAUGCGCGCUUGCUGAAAAGUUCAGUGCCUCAACUGCUCGAGCUGGAAAAACUGCUGUGCAGCCAAAACAGGUUUGGAAUUGGUUCCAAAACAGAAGAUAUUCACAAAGAGCAAAGGUUAAGGUUCCGGUGAAUCAGACUAUCCCUCCUCCUGUGACUCGAGAUGAUUCUGUUCAAUUUAGAAAUGUGGUUCAACCCAUUUCUAUUCCCCAAGGUGUUCCUCAAGGACAGAAUUCAGUUGAGAUUUCUCAGUUGGAAUUUGAGGCAAAAUCCGCGAGGGACGGAGCAUGGUACGAUGUUUCAGGUUUUUUGUCCCAUAGAAAGAUUGAAACUGAUGAUCCGGAAGUGCGGGUUAGGUUUUCCGGAUUUGGUGUUGAAGAAGAUGAGUGGAUAAAUGUUCGUAGGUGCGUUCGACAACGUUCUCUUCCUUGUGAAAAUGUGGAGUGUGUUGCAGUUCUCCCUGGGGAUCUUAUACUUUGUUUUCAGGAAGGGAAAGAACAAGCUCUCUAUUUUGAUGCUCAUAUUCUGGAUGCACAAAGACGAAGGCAUGAUAUUCGUGGAUGUCGAUGCAGAUUUCUCGUUCGCUAUGAUCAUGAUCAAUCUGAGGAAAUCGUGCCGUUGCGAAAGGUAUGCAGACGUCCGGAAACCGAUUACCGGUUGCAGGAGCUCCAAGCGCUAAGGAAAUCAGGAUCAGCCGACGAACGAGCUCUCUUCAGCGCCGGCUCGUUGAGAGAUCCAACUGUGAUUCCUCAGAGGAUUAGAAAACCGACCAAAUUGGUGGAAUUCAACACUGCUGAGAUCACCACCAUAGCUCUGCCCGCUCCUCCUCGCGUGCAAGUUUCCACCAAUAUCUCAUUCAACCUUGACUGCAACAACACAUCGCAGAAUGAUCACAUGAGCGUUCCUGUUUUGAUCGUUGAUAGUUUUGGUAAGGUAAGGGAAACUGUGGAUGUGGUUGAAGUGUAAUAACUUGUGUUGGUAUUUUUGAAAAUUGCUGUUUUAUUCUUGCAUCUAUGAGUAAAGCUUUUUGGUUCA